AUGAAUGAACCGUUACGACCCGCAUCGCCCGCGGAACGACUGCCAUCGUAUUAUGACGACCUUUGCGACGAGGAGAUACAAGCUGCUUUCCGGAACUUCGACGACGAGAGAAACUUUGAUCUGUUCGACAGACAGACGCGCAAUCCGCACAGUAACAACUUCAUUAUCGACUUCGGCGAUGAUGACGCAUACUGUGCUUUCGACUUAGGUUCACAUUCCGUCUCUCGGCUACUUUCGGCACCAAGGCCGGCAAAUCUGCACACAAGAUGGAUCAAUGUAUGGGUACCGCAUCUGCAAAAAGAUGUGCUUCACGUUCUAGCCAAGCACUACGAUUUCUCACCAAGAUUACUGGGCCUGAUGUGUUCUGACCCGCUGUCACCACGUUCGAGUGCCUUGCAUGAAAGCCAGAGCUCGAACACGCUUGAAUCAAUAAGGUCGCGUAAGUCUCACCGGUCGAGGAAGUCCGCAGCGUCAAAGGAAAAGGAGGGAUUCGAUUCAGAAGAGAGCAUCGGUAUGACUGAGAUGAUGCAUUCAACCCAGCUUGAUAUGGUGCGAGGCCUGAGUCACUAUCACAUCGUCAACGAGGUUUGGCACUGGUCAACUGUAGAUUGGGGUCGACGUUUUGUCAGUAUAGGGUAUAACUCGCUACACGAUGUUCGCACCAAGAAGCUACACAACCAUGACGACGAGGUUGAUAAGAGCCGGGACAUGCCUUUGGCUAAGCGUGUCUGGAAUUGGCUUCUUCUGACUGAAGAUAAGACCGUCAUAACCAUUUCCGAAGAUCCUUUCCCAUUCACCAAGGGUAAUCUGCAGUCAUCCGAAUUGAAGACACUGUAUACCGCACGUAGGAAUCUGGUGAGCGUCUUCCGACAAUUGACCAAAGCACCCACGCCAUUACGUGAGGCUUCCCUUAUCAUGCUACCCAUUCGACAUCGCGUAGGAAAUAGCGAUGAGGAGACCGCGCACAGGCCGACUGAUGCGCCUGGUCUCCUUUUCUAUUACCUUUUUGAGGACUGGUAUACGACGUACAGUCUAGUCACGCGUCGCGAACACGGUUAUGCUGCUGAGCUGGAUCGUCUUAGACGAGAGAUGCUGGUCCGAGCAAAUCUUGAGCACGUCGAUCAACUACACCACAUUGGCUGCCAACUUUCGAUCCUCAAGCGCGUCUACCUGGCCUACGAGAUGAUCAUCGACCGCGUGCUUAAGAAACAAGAGGUUACACUUGCAUCACUGAAAAAUUCUCACAUUGUCUCAGGCGUGGAGUCGUUGGCUUCUUCCAUACCAAUCAACGCAUCAGGACCACAAGUCCCAGAAGCGGAUAGUCUGCUAGGAGUGUCCCUCAGCUCGGCUUCUCGAGUGAGGUUCGAGCGCUUGAAAGACAGGAUUAAGCUGUAUGCGCUCAGCGAGAUCCAAGAGUGCAUUGAUCAGAAAGACUCUCUUGUCAUGAUGAACUUUAACCUCAUUGCCAUAAAGGAGUCUUUCAGCGUCGAGCGCCUCACUAGAGUCACGCUUCUUCUCGCAAAAGUGACUAUGGUAUUCAUGCCUGUCACGCUCAUGACCGGGUAUUUCUCAAUACAGUUCGCGGGCGUGGAAUUCAGCGUCAAGAGUUAUUGGUGGGCAUUUGCAUUGGUUUUUGCAAUCAGCAUGGUGCUAUUGUUUCUGUUCAGUGUCUUUAGCGGCACGUUUGAGAUGAAGAUGAUUACGAGAUCGUGGAGUCGCAUCAUGUUUGAUAUCAGCAAGCGCUGGCUGGCGCAUGAGAGGAAGCAAGGGAAGAUGGUUUGA